GCGCGUGAGGAACUCGGCUGAUCCCCCGAAACCCGUGAAUCUGCCUGUCGUUCGUCAAUUCAGUGAAAUUUCGCCAAAAAACCCUCAGAAAAUGAGGAGCCCACAGUUUCUGAUAACCUGGGCGUUUGUGUUCUCAUCGAGUGCACCGAUUCUGUCGACUCUCGGUGGUGAUGCAGUGCCUGUACUCAUCUGGGGUGGAGAUUCACCCGCAUCAGGCUUGAGCCCAGUGAAUCCAUUUCGUAAUACUUCGCAGGAGGAUUUUGAGAAAAUUGUUGCGAGGAAAGUGGGUGGUGCUCAUGCCCUCGCACCUGUUCUCGUCUUCAUGAGGGACAAUUUGUGUGUCGAGGACUUUGUGCAGCACAGGAAGGAUCUGAUGCAGCUGAAGAAGGGAGGCUCCCUGCAGUACUUACCAGCAGUGCAAUCCCCCCUGUCCGUCUUCGAGAACCUCUCGUCGUACAAUCAAUCUGUCGAGGAAGAGCUCGAUACUGUGUCCGAUGGCCAGUUGAUCAUCACGAAAGCCACUGACCUCGACUCGGUCUUCGAGACCUUCAACAUGAUAAAAGAGUCGAGCCCGAACCUGAUCGCAGCUCUGACAGGACGUUCCUGCAGUUACAGUCGGUCUGAGCGUGUCAGGAGGGCCGCUGAGGCCAAGGCUGACAACCAAACCGAGUUCAUCAUCGCAAGGAAUGAGUCCAGGCUGCUUGCUCAUGCUCAACAAGCCCUGUUUCAACAGGGAGAAGAUGGAAAGCUAAUAACUCUGGGUCGCCCCACAACAGUAGAAACAACUGGCAACAAUACCAAAGGAGAGCCAGUUCUCAUAAACACAGUGUUCCAAGACGAAUCAGUGCAGACAAAUCUGAUAUUCCAACUGACCGAAAAAGUCGCUGGCUACUGGUACAUGAGUAGAAUUGAGUUUGUUCACGAGAACAAGUCGACAAUUGGCUUACGAAGCAAAACCGAGAUAGUCUUCCCCAAGGGAUUCUCCUUCCACUGCAGCCCCACCAUUCACUUCACCAACGACACCGAAAAGAUAUCCCUGAAUUUCACAAAUCUCCAGAUUCAAAUGGACGCCAGUAACUUCACUGAGGACUCGUACGACUGCGUUGGCUUCACGUCAAUCCCCAUUUGGUCCGGAAUAUUCGUCACCUUCAUCCUGGCUAUGAUCAUGAUCUGGGGGAUAUCCAUGAUCCUGGACAUUCGCACCAUGGACAGAUUCGAUGAUUCAAAGGGCAAGACCAUUACUGUGUCAGCCCAAGAGUGAGGAAUUUUAUUUAAUGAUUAAAUUUGUUCAUAAAGAAUAUAUAAUUUUCAUGUAAAUAUACAUAUAAGUCUUGUAUAUUUCGAGGCCUGUUGAUUGUUCUCAGUAUUUAUCAUAAAGAAACAAUACUUACAGUUAGUCAUUCCUUCGGUGUGAUUUUUAUUUAAGGAUGAAUAUCGCACGAGAAAUAUUUCACUGAUAAACUCAGUGGAUUUGAUGGGAAAUUCUAUUGAAUUUUCAAACAUUUUCUGCAGGAAUUUUUCGACAUUUUCCAAGUUUUUUCCACUCUAUUUUUCAUCAACUUUCAUUGAAAGAAUGAAACAAAAAACUUGGGAAAAUUGAGCAGAGGAAUUUCUGGAGAAAAUAUCUCAAUAGACUGUUGUGUUGUACAGAAAAAUCGAAUUCUAUUGAUCUCUUCUGUAGAAUAUUUUCCAUUGAUAAAUCCAAUAAAAUUUUCUAGCGAAUUCACUGGGUUUCUCCAUGGAAUUUCUUCGUACGUGUGAAAGAACGAACGCACAUUCAUUCCAUAUAUUUUUUUUUUAAUUGAAGAUUUUUUUCGCUCAAAAAAUUGAUCCACGAGAGAUGUAAUACUUGUGUCCGAUGGAGUAAAUGUCAGUUAUAAACAGGUUAACACAUCGUUGAAGAGACGUAUAUAGCUUUAAGUGUAUCAUGAAUCGAUGAGGGAAUUACAAUAUUAAUUAUGAUGGGGAGUGCUCCAUCUGUCCGGUAACUAGGAAUUUCAUCACGAUUGUGGAGAGAUGUCAUUGAAAAUAAAAGUGUUACUGAAAUAAACGGAUUGAGAGGAUUUGUUGGUAUUGUUAUGGCAUGCACGCACGUAUAUCUGCACCAUGGGCGACGAUGAAUGCCAUUGAGAGGGGAGGGAGAGUUAUUAUUUGUGAGGGGUCUAUUAUCACUGGCGUGAAGGGGGGGAGAGAUCCGUCGGGCUUCAGCUUCAGGAUGUCUCCAUUCAGUCUUAUUUCACUGCAAAAAAUAUAGAUUUUCUCAGAUACACUGAUAAGUUGAUAAAUGGAAAUUGAUAAAUGUCUUUGGAAUCGAGAAGUUGAGAACAAUUUCAGUAGCGAAGUGGUCAAACGGUUUGAGUCCAUUUAGUCUUUAGUUGAGUUUUCCAGAAAUAUUUUCGAAUUUGAGGGAGAUUGCGAAAUUUCCAUAAUAACCUUGUUUAAAACUCGGCAAUAGUUUCCUAUCUAAUGGCACCGGGUUCAACGAAAAUCCUCGAACGACCUCGGGACCCUUCGGGUUCAGUAUCGUAUCGUCUCAAUCUCUGUACAGUCAGUAUUGUCGCAAUCACUCUAUCGAGUACAUCACCGUGAGAUACUGAGCCAAUCAUCUAUUAAUUUCGAGUCGAUUAUCAAUCAUUUUGAGACUGUAAUCAAGUGAAUUAUCAGGAGAAUUAUCAAGUGCAGUGUAGAGACUAUUAUCGAAUUUAAAUUGAGACAAUUCAGCGAACAGUGUACCCUUAAAAAAUUUCUAGACUCGUGGUUUACACCACAAAUAAAAUACAUCACCAAUGGGUUUUUAGUAAA